CACAACUUUUGUAUAAUCUCUCUUGCGCGCACUUCCGGAUGUCGCCAUGCCGUCUUUAGAAGACAGCAAACCUUACAGCUGGGCUGAGCAGGUAGAAGCCGGCGAUGACACUGGAGGUCUGCCUCCGUCACACGAGGACUAUGAUGAGAAGAAUGGCCUGAAGAAAAUAACAGACUACAAGUACAAUGAUGAUGGGAAACUUGUUAAGGUAGUGAAGACCUACAGUGUUGAGACAAGGAAGGUGUCAAAGUCCAUUGCACGGAGGAAGAUAUGGAGAAAGUUCGGGGCUGCAGAGAGAGAUCCUCCAGGUCCAAACUCGUCAAACACCAUCAUAUCCGAGGAAAUUGUCAUGCAGUUUGUACAGAACAAGGACAACCAGGCUCCAGAGGAGGAAGACCCACUCAAUAAGCUGAAGACACAGAAGAUCGUUCAAUGUCGUAUUUGUAAAGGCGACCAUUGGACAACCCGGUGCCCAUACAAGGACACGUUAGCGCCGCUGCAGGAGAAGUUGGCUGAGGAUGGGAAGCCGCCGGGUGAUGCUGCUGCUGGGGCCAAUCCUGCUGCUGCUGCUGCAGGACCCAGUGCCAUCGCCAAGACUGCAGGGAAGUACGUGCCCCCCAGUCUGAGGGAAGGAGCAUCCAAGGGGAGGGGAGAGUCCAUGUCCACACAGAGGAAAGAUGAGGCUGCCACUAUCCGUGUGACAAACUUGUCUGAGGACACCAGAGAGUCGGAUCUCCAGGAGCUAUUCAGACCCUUCGGGCCCAUUUCAAGGAUCUAUUUGGCAAAAGACAAGAACACAGGACAAUCUAAGGGAUUUGCCUUCAUCAACUUUCAUAGACGCGAAGAUGCUGCACGGGCUAUUGCUGGGGUGUCCGGAUUUGGCUAUGAUCAUCUUAUCCUCAAUGUAGAAUGGGCCAAGCCUUCUGGCACAACUUAGAGAACUGGUGGAGACUCAUGGUGAAUAGGGUGGGCGCCACCCUUAUGUGUAAUUCAAAAGGGAAUAAAAAGACAAGAAAUC